GCUGGCUUUCGUGCUUGCUUGUGCAGAGUCUCCUCGUAACGAUGUCCAACCUCGACUUUGCGACGGCAGUGAAGCAAGAAGAAGAGCGCUUGCGCAAGGAGUACCCGAUGGCGGACGAUAUCCCGAGCUGCACGACUCUUUUCGAUGACUUUCUCUCUUGCAACAUCCUGGGCAAACAACUCAAGUCAUUGUAUCGGUACGGCCGUACGUCUGACUGCUCCCAGAAGCUCUCCGACUUCAAGUUCUGCAUGAGCAACAAGGGCCUGCAUCCGGAGGAGAAGCGCGACGCAUGGAUACGGAGGAGGGCGGAGUGGUGGGCGGGUAGGCGAUUGGCGAAGAGCAGCGAGGACGUCUGGGAGGUGCGAACCGAGCCAUUGAAGGAUUUUCCACCCCCGGUCCGCCCCGAUCUGAUGCAUGCCGUGAAGACGAUCGACUGAGCGACUGACAGCCAUUGCAUAUACCCUCUAUGUACAGAAGACGUGAUCUAUAUAAUUACCGCCAUAGGCGGCUUUCUUU